AUGGAUGACUCAAUGCCAACCGUUUUAAACAUAGUAACUGAUAAAGGAACUUCAAUCAUUGAUGGAUUUGGUAAUAUGAGAGGACCAGAGAUAUGGUAUACUGAAAAAGGAACACCAAUGUCAAAGGUAGAAUAA